UUGGCGUCCCGUCAGGGAUGCCUUGUAGCUGCAGUGGCUUUAUAAAGAGGGAGCAGUGCACAGAGCAGAAGCUGAAGGUCUAAACCUGUCUCCCAUGGGGGACUCCAUAGAACUCCAAUUCAUCCAACAACGGAAGUUAGUCAAUCGGAUUGAGACGAGGGGUUUACUGUUUGGGAUCAGAGGCCGGCGAGUGGUUGGCCCUUGGGGAUCUCUGGCUGGGCUCCCGGGCCACACUGUGGAGUUGACCUCCUUCUCCUCUUCCCCCCUCCUUGCAGAAUCGGAGCACACCCAAGAAGCCAUCUGUCUGAGCGAGUGCCGGAAGGAAAAGGAGGAGAGAGACUAUUUUUGCCACAGUGAGUUUGCGAUCAACGGCAUCGUCCACGACAUCGAGGCCAUAAGCAAAGGGAUGAAGAUCCUGACAUUGCUGGUCAACAGCGACGGCUUCUACAAGAUGAGCCAGCUCACGAUCACCCCCGACGGUUUCUUCUUCAAAGUCCGGGUUCUGGUGGUGGAUACUUACAAGUGCGCCAAGCCCUGUCCGGACCUCAAACUUGGGAGCCGGUACAUUGUCAUGGGUCAGAUCUACCCCAGGCGGCGCAACCGGCCCAGCGAGCUGCAGGCUCUGCAGGUGGGGCGGCUGAGGGCUGGAGACGGGCUCGUCCGCAGCCACAGCUACGUCAAAAGGUUCAACAAGAGGAGAGACCAGAAGGUGCAGGAGGCGAAGCGCACCAAGUGCCGGUGAGCUCGUGCGCGUCGCCCCCUGCUGCACGGGCACGGACACUGCACCUGCUGCAAGGACACACGACUACUUAAGCAAUAUUAGAAGUGACUGCCCCUUAUCCGGAAUUAGAGGGGAGUACAGGCAGCAGUCAUUGCAUAUAAUGCAUCAUGCAAGUCUUUCUAUUUAUCUAUAUUUUUGGCUUUUCAGAUGGAAGUUGGGUGAAGCCCAGUGAUCCCUUUUCUGUACAGUCUGCAGAACUCUCCCCGUUGACAUGCUGUUCAAACCAAUAAUGGGGACCUGUUGGUUUGCACCCCAUUUGCUGUGCCUUUUAUAUAAAGCCAAAAUUAGGCCAAUGCCGAUUAAUGCGAUCUAUAGUUAAUAAUGAACAGUAAUUGCUGAGCUCUCAAACCAAAAGCAAAGCCCGUAUCCCCAGGUUUACGGUCGAUCUGUGCUGGGGCUGCAGGGCUUGCUAGCAGUGGCGCAGCCCCAGUCACACGCAUCCUGUCCCUGUCUCAGCGUGGGCAGCCCUGCCUUUGGCCGAAGCGGCUGUACUUGUUCAGGUUGCUCAGCUGUGCACUCUGCUGUAACUAUUACUUUGUUUAGGAAGCACUUCUCCAGAAGCGCUGGGUAGGUCCACAAGGGACGCCUGUACUGCUGGAAACUUUGCGGGAAGACCAGGGAGUCUCUGUUGACUUUCCCGAGUGGCCGGCCGAACAGAAACUCCUUCAUGUGCCCGAGUAAACAGCGCUCUGCCCUCACUCCGCGAUCGGUCUCUUAUCAGGGGUCAGGAAAUGCAGUUGUUGUUGUUUUUUUUUGCCAUGGAGGGGAGGGUAAGAACAACAACUAAAGAAAGGAGGCCAAAUUGGUGCUUUUACAAGCAGAGGUCGUUUUCUUAACUUUAAUGACGUGUGGUACAUGUGUCAAAAUAUUUGCCUGCACGCAGACUUCAAAGCCAGGGGCCGGAGGGGUGUGUGUGUGCGGAGCAGAGGCCGUAAAUCUUCCUGCGGGAACCCGAUCUGCGCGCCAUGGGCCGCUCGCGGACGGGAGACCCCCUCCGCCUGUUUGUCCAGGACCCCUCCUGAGAGCUGGGCUCAAAGGAAGCAUUAAAAAAAAAAAAAAAGACACGAGGGGAAAAAGGAAGAGGGUUAUGCAAAUGUGCUCCGCAGUGAAAUGGCACCUCCCUCCCUCUAGCAGAAGUCUCCAACUGCACAUGAAAGCGUCCCGUCCCUCAGCAGUGGGCAGGCGCGGGUAGUUUUGACCCAGGGUGGGCGUGAUGUGAAGAUAAAAAGCUUUGGAACUCUGCUGCUGCCGCUAUGUCCUUUUCUGAACGAUAUAUUAAAAUAUAUUUUUGAACACUUUG